AAACCCAAUUAUCUUAUCUCAUCUUAUCCAAUCAAUCAAAAACACCCCCAUCAACUGAUCAUAUAUUGUCUAACUGUACAACUCCAUUAUAUAACCAACCAAGCCAAGUGAAGGGGUGAUUCAGAUAGGCAACUGAGUUAUAACACACGAAACUCGUCUAGAAGCUUUAACGAUGUCAAGAAUGUCAGAGAAGGAUCUUAACACCUUGAGGAGGAGAGUGGCAUCAGUUGCAAACCAUCUUUUGCCUGCUUCUUCUUCUUCUUCUUCUUCUUCUUCUUCAGCUCAACAUGUUGUUUCUUCAAUUGGGUGUAGCUCUUCCAUUAAUGAUAAUAAUUACCAUAGAGUUCAUGGUCAAGUCCCAACCCACGAGCCCCUUUGGAGGCUCAUUCCUUCUGAUGAGAAUGGAAAGGAUUUUACUGAUAUCAUUUAUCAGAAAGCUGUUGCUGAACCCAUUGCUAAGAUAACCAUCAAUAGACCGGAUAGAAGAAAUGCUUUUCGACCACACACCAUUAAGGAGCUUAUUCGUGCAUUUAACGAUGCCAGGGAUGACGGUUCAGUGGGAGUCAUCAUCCUCACAGGAAAGGGUACAAAGGCUUUUUGUAGUGGUGGUGAUCAGGCAUUGAGAAGUAAGGAUGGUUAUGCUGAUUUUGAAAGUUUUGGUCGCCUCAAUGUUUUAGAUUUACAGGUGCAAAUUCGCCGUCUUCCAAAACCAGUAAUCGCAAUGGUUGCAGGUUAUGCUGUUGGAGGCGGACAUAUCUUGCAUAUGGUUUGCGAUCUAACAAUUGCAGCAGAAAAUGCUAUAUUUGGUCAGACAGGCCCAAAGGUAGGAAGUUUUGAUGCUGGUUAUGGAAGUUCAAUUAUGUCUCGUUUGGUUGGGCCGAAAAAAGCUCGUGAAAUGUGGUUUUUGACAAGGUUCUACACUGCCUCUGAAGCAGAGAAAAUGGGACUUGUGAAUACUGUUGUUCCAUUAGACAAGUUGGAACCAGAAACAAUAAAAUGGUGUAGAGAGAUCUUAAGAAAUAGUCCUACAGCAAUACGGGUGCUAAAAUCAGCUCUCAAUGCAGUUGAUGAUGGACAUGCUGGACUUCAGGGCCUUGGGGGAGAUGCCACUCUUCUAUUUUAUGGAACUGAAGAAGGCAGCGAAGGCAAAAAUGCAUAUAAUGAACGCAGACGACCAGAUUUCUCAAAGUUUCCCCGGCUGCCUUGAGUUCCAUUGUUGUUCUUGUAAUCUGUUAGUGCAUUCCUUAUGAUGGUGUACUAAUUACGCCAUAGUAAUAAAAUUUUCUUUUUAUUUGUUUAUUCGUAUGGAAAUUAUUUGGAAUAAAACAGUCGAAAUGGAGUGACAUUGUUAUUGAGAAUUCAUGUAACCAAUCUCAACUUACUCGGGAUUGAGGCGUAGUUUGUCAUAUAGGAAUGCUGAUUCGAUUGGAGAACCCCGCAGUUUGUGACUGGCAAACGAA